CCAGAGUGAUGUGGAGAAUUUUGUGGAUGAGAUUAUGAGUUUCUUGUCAUCCACAUCUUUCUUGUUCUACUUCAAACAUGUAGGAGAAAUAAGUUUCUUCCCCAAAUUAGAUUAAGUUCUCAUAUAUUCCUUUGCUUACUAUUAUCAAGAAAAUAAUGGCAAAUCUCCACGUUUGUUGCAACAGCUUGAUUCUGAACCCUGCAUUACCACCUCAAUCUUAUAAUAAGCUUAGGCCAGGCAACCCCAAAAGAAGCACAGAGCAGCAGAGACGGCGGACAACUACCGUUUUCGUUUCAAAAUCCGGCGGUUUUUCGCUCAAUUCGAUUCUGAAGAGAUGUCAAACCUGUGGAGGCAAAGGUGCGAUAGAGUGUCCUGGAUGUAAGGGAACAGGAAAGAAUAAGAAGAAUGGGAACAUAUUCGAGCGUUGGAAAUGUUUUGAUUGCCAAGGAUUUGGAUUGAAGAGCUGUCCCAAUUGUGGGAAAGGAGGGCUAACACCUGAACAAAGAGGCGAAAGAUGAGAACAUACAAGUCAUUUUCAAAGUAACGUUAAAUAUGUACACUUAUAUAUAUUACGAAGUUCACACAUCACAAUAUCCCAUAAUAUAUCUAUUUUUUUUUUCUAUA